AUGGCGCUCGCGUCCGCGUCGUCAACUCCCGAUCCGUCGGCCGCCUCGGCUGCCGCCGCCGCGCUCGCCGCGGCUGCUCUUGCCUCCCGCAAGGCAGCCCCAGCCGCUGAUGGAUGGUGGGCUUGGGGGCCAGCCGCCGCCAUUGCUUGGGCGUCCCUGUCCACUACUCCUAUUGGCGCCGCGCCGUCCACGACUCCUGUUGGCGCCGCGCUGUCGCCCUCGACUACUGCUGUCCUCACGCAGCCCCCGUCUCCUGCCGGUGCCGCUUCGUCGUCCUCCACUCCUGCUGAAGCCACAUCAUCUCCGACUCCGCCUACCGGCACUGCAUCGGGUUUCGACACGGAGCCACCUAUUUUGUGGAGCUCCCUUGCUGACAAUGAAGAAGAUGAGGAUGACGAUGAGCUGGCCCCGUGGACGCCACGGCCGGCUACCAAAUCCUCCAUUCCGGUUGCUCAGUUGGGCCUGGCGUCUGAGGUGGAUAAGUGCGGAGGUUGGCAGAAGGUGCUGCCGAGGGGCAGCAUGCGACGCCCCGACGUCGCCGGCCCCUGCAUGGGUUCCCCGUCCGGUCCCGGCUUGGCUUCACGGUAG